CUCACAUCUUUGACGGACUCUCCGUUCUACUGGAAGGUAUAUGUUCCCUUUCUCCUUUGUUCAGGCUUCCUCGUGAGGUGGGAUAUGUCUUUCCUUUGCAGCAUCCACGUGACCUAAAAUGGCGUUCCUCGCAUGAUUACUACACAACACAUAAGAUCUAGUGAAACUCUUCAUCCAUUUGCUGUCUGCCACGUCUCCGUCUUCUCACGUGUAUCCAAGUUCUCACUUGUAUUCAUUCAACGCCCCUUACCUGCAGAGUUGUGAAUUUUAGAGAAUCUAUAGAGAGAACCCCCCCAAGCAAACCAAUAAAAAAUAUAUAUACAGAAAGAAGUAAAGGAAGAAAGGAACAAACUUUCAAGUUGAAAAACUGAGCUUUGUCCUCUCAAAUUUGAGGCUCUUGGGAGUCAUUUUCUACUACUGGGAGCUUUGUUCUCUCUUUUGAAAAGUACGCGGGGAUUUAGAUUGAAGGUUUUCAAAAUAUGCCUUUUAAAAGCAAAGGAGAUCAGUCUUCUGCAAGUUUUAUAUCCAAGAAAUGGAGUUUUCUUCUUUGCUUGGGUUGCUUCUGUGCUGGAAUGCUCUUCACCAAUAGGGUGGGGACUGUUCCUCAAUCUAAAGGUAUCAUGAGGGCAACUGCAGUGGAAGCUGAAAACCUUAAACUAAUUUCAGAGGGUUGUACCCUAAAAGCGCAAGAAGAAAAGCAUGUAUCCAAGGACAUCAUUGGGGAGGUUUUUAAGACUCACCAUGCUAUACACACAUUGGAUAAGACUAUUUCGAGCUUAGAGAUGGAAUUAGCAGCUGCAAGGGCAUCACAAGAGUCCUUACUUGGUGGUUCACCGUUAUCCAUGGAUGUUAAUAGAGCCGAAUCAUCUAGGAAAAGAAGGUAUCUGAUGGUUAUAGGAAUUAAUACCGCUUUUAGCAGCCGGAAAAGAAGAGACUCGAUUCGUGCUACAUGGAUACCACAAGGUGAAAAGCAGAAGAAAUUGGAGGAUGAAAAGGGCAUUAUUGUUCGCUUUGUUAUUGGUCAUAGUGCCACGACGGGUGGUAUUUUGGACCGAGCAAUCGAAGCUGAGAAUCAGAAGCAUGGAGACUUCUUGAGACUGAAGGACCAUGUCGAAGGGUAUCUCGAGUUGUCUGCAAAAACUAAGAUGUACUUUGCCACUGCUGCCGCUCUAUGGGAUGCUGAUUUUUAUGUCAAAGUUGAUGAUGAUGUCCAUGUAAAUAUAGCGACACUCGGUGAAACACUAGUUAGACAUCGAAAGAAACGACGUGUAUACAUAGGGUGCAUGAAAUCUGGCCCCGUCCUCUCUCAAAAGGGAGUGAGAUACCAUGAACCUGAACACUGGAAAUUUGGUGAGUCGGGAAAUAAAUAUUUCCGGCAUGCUACUGGACAAUUGUAUGCGAUUUCGAAUGAUUUGGCCUCGUAUAUAUCUAUAAAUCAGCAUGUUUUACACAAGUAUGCUAAUGAGGAUGUUUCACUCGGUUCAUGGUUUAUUGGACUUGAUGUUAAGCAUAUUGAUGAUCGGAGAUUAUGUUGUGGCACGCCACCUGAUUGCGAGUGGAAGGCUCAAGCUGGCAAUGCAUGUGUUGCUUCCUUUGAUUGGAGCUGCAGCGGAAUUUGCAAGUCCGCCGAUCGGAUGAAAGAGGUUCAUCGGCGGUGUGGAGAAGGGGAGAAUGCUUUGUGGAGUGCUAGUUUCUAAUGCAUGCGAACAUCCUGCUUUCUUUCUAACUCAGGAGGAUGGUAAAGCAAUGAUGAUGAGCAUACAUGGUGAUCAAUCUGAAAUACUAAAUCCUUUUUUUCCUGUAGUCUAAUAAGUAUAUAAAACAUUAUAUGAGACUAGAGAUAGUGAAACACCUUUGAUAAUGGGGGUAACCUUUACAAUAAAGUGCCACUAUAGCAGCCCUACAAGGAACGGCUGCCGGGUGCCACCACCCAUCCACCCAAUCUUUAAGGCUUGAAGGCCAAUUUGUAAGUUACAGUUCCAUAAAUCCCGUCAUAAAUACAAAAUAUUUUUGGUUCCUUUUUCA